CUUUUGGCUUUCCAUAGUUGGUCAGCUACAUGCAGCGUCUGUAGCAGGAUCCCCUCUCUGUUUGGUUGCUGCGCACUGAGGAAGAGAAUUUCCUAAUAAGGAAAGGGUGUGCUUUAUGAUACAUUUCCGGUUUGGUGGAGAGUUUCUGCGUUUGAAAAACGAUGUCGAAGUCUUUGAAAAAGAUAGUGGAGGACAGUCGGGACAGGAACCUUCCUGAGGUAGAAAUGUGCGAUAGGGGGAUUUCAAGCAUGCUCGACAUCCCAGGACUGUUCACUCUGUCUCACAUCACUCAGUUGGUCCUCAGCCACAACAAACUCACAGCUGUCCCUCCUAACAUAUCAGAAUUGAAGAAUCUGGAGGUUCUGAACAUGUUCAACAACCAGAUUGAAGAGCUGCCAACUCAGAUCAGCAGUCUUCAGAAGCUAAAACACCUCAAUCUUGGGAUGAAUCGUCUAAGUGGAUUGCCUAGAGGAUUUGGUUCAUUGCCUGCUCUCGAGGUCUUGGACCUAACCUACAACAACCUGAACCAGAACUCUUUGCCUGGAAACUUCUUCUACCUAACCACUCUAAGAGCGCUGUAUUUGAGUGACAACGACUUUGAAGUUCUUCCUGCUGAGAUUGGGAAGCUGACAAAGUUGCAAAUUCUGAGUCUCCGAGAUAAUGAUCUGAUCUCGUUACCCAAGGAGAUUGGUGAAUUGGCUCAACUCAAAGAGCUUCACAUCCAGGGCAACAGACUGACUGUUCUGCCUCCUGAACUUGGUAAUCUGGAUUUAACUGGUCCCAAGCAGGUGUUCAAAGCAGAGAACAAUCCAUGGGUCACUCCAAUCGCAGACCAGUUCCAACUUGGUGUCUCCCAUGUUUUUGAAUACGUUCGUUCAGAGACCUAUAAGUAUCUCUAUGGUAGACACAUACAGGCUAACCCAGAGCCUCCAAAGAAGAGCAGUGAUAAGAGCAGGAAGAUCAGCCGCAAACCACUUGCUGUCAAGAACAAAUGAAGAGAAAAUAAGAGGAUGGAGAUUCACCUGUCAGCCAAACUGGCUGCAUUUGUCCUUUUACCAUGUUAUAUAAAAAGUUUGUUUGCUUCUUCAUGUCUUGUUUUAAAUAUUCUAUAGUCUUUGUUUUGUGUUUCCAUUUGCCUUAUAUGCCAAUGAAGUCAGCUUUCAAGCAUAACCGGCAUUUUGAAUUUUUGACAACAUUGCUAGCUCUGUACCAAAUGAAAAAGUGACUUAGAAUAGCUUGAGCCUAUUUUCUAGACAUUUGCUUAAAAUGUUUGUGGAAAACAGCAGAAAAAAAGACUCUUCACACUACUUUUACUUCAGCACUUUGCCUUCAAAUUAGAAUUAAGGCUUUACAGUAUUAAACCCCUAAAAGGCUCUGGAUAUCCACCUGAUGGAGUUCCUUUGACUCACUGUUCCAAACUCAUCAUUUUGCUCUUGGUGUCAAUGUCUUUGCUGGGUUUUUCUGUUUAUUACAAUACUUUUACUUUAUUUUUUAUUAGCAGCCAGAGUGAAACACCUAAUGAAUCUGAUUCUAAUUAUUCAAGCUUAAAUUAGUUAAUGAAGUGAAUGAGUUUUUUCUGCUUGUUGCCAAGAGUAAAUUGAUAUAAUCAGUAUUUUUCUUUUGUCUAUUAAACCUUUUGAGAAACUAA